UAUAUGUCCAAUUGCAAGAUACAAUUUUUAUCUUUAGUGGAUUUUAUUUCUUCCUGGUUAUCUGCGUACUUUUGCUAACAUAAACUUAAAUUGUUAUAAAAAGAAUACGUAUACUGUCUUCUUGAAACUGUUAUUUACAGCUUAAUUCAUUAUGUAAAUCUUCUUGAAGUCUAAACUAAGUAACCAUGACCGACUUUGAAAUUAACGAGGCUUUGUCCUCCUUGGAGAUUUUGAUGUCCGAGUUUUUCGCACACACAACUAAUAACUUUAGAAAAAGAGAAAUAGAAAACAUUCUUGAAAACUUUGCAAAUCGAAGAGAUUCAUGGAAACAUUGUUUGUUGUUUCUACAAAAAUCACAAAACCAAUAUGUUUUAAUGUUUAUAUUAACAACACUCGAGAAAAUAAUAAAUAGGCAGUGGAUUCAUUUGUCAGACAAUGAAAAGACAGAAAUAAGGCUUACAUUGAUGAAUGAACUCAUGACCAAACAUGAAGUAAUGUUAUAUUUCAUUAGAAACAAAUUGGCUGCACUUCUCGUUGCAAUAGCUCGGUAUGAUUGGCCCCAUCUUUAUCCAGAUUUCUUCAGUAAUAUUGUAGAGUUAUUGAAAUGUGAUGGUCAUCAAUGCAUCGUGGGUCUGGUGCUCGCUCAAGCUGCUAGUGAGGAGUUGGGUGCAGCAAGAGAUACAGGAGUACUGCUGCCAUCAGCUCGUAGAAGCCAGUUAGAACGGCUCAUGUUGAAGGGAAUGCCACAGAUGUUAAAUGCUCUGAGUGCCAUAUUAGAGAAGAAUGCUCAAAAAGAAGGUCAAUCAAAUCCGCCCCCUUCCCCCACCAGCGGCUUACCUCAAUCUUCUGCCCUGCCUGAUCUACUGGCCAAUGCUCAUGAUGUACACUCAGGUGAUAGGGCAUUGAAUAUGGAUAUAGUAGUGAAAUGUCUAACAACUCUACAGCAUUUGUUUUCAUGGCUACCAUUGUCUUCACAUGUCCCUCCAUCGCUUGUAACCACAGUAUUUUAUUGGGGCAGUGUUGCCACACAGUCGCAGAGUGCAGAGGCAGCAUUGGCUGGUCUUGGUGGUGUGUGUGAGUUGUUGUACCGCCGAUACGCACCACCUUCCUCCGCUGCCACCGCCCUGAGACUGCAUCACUGCUCUUUAAGACUAUUGAGACAUCUGGCUCACCAUAACGCACACAUGCACCGAGCACCUAUAGAUUACUUAAACAAGUUAGCAGAAUUUCUGAAAUUAUUUGUGUCGCUGCAUUUCAAGAGAUUGGAAGCGGAGCCUGAGUUUGAUGCUAUAGAAUUCCUUUCGUAUUUAUUUCAGUAUACAUUCCAGGUGCCUAAAUGUAGUACAUUUGUCAAUUGUCUUGAUAUAUGGGUACAGUUUAUUGAUGUUCUGAAGCCUGAAGACACAUCUAAGUAUUGGGAGGCUCUGCAAGCACUAGUUAACGGUGUACUCAACAAGAUACAAUUCCAACAUAACAAAGCCCAGUUGCAGCAUUUAGAUAAUGAUGUUUGUGACGAUGAUGGUGAAACUGAAUGGCAAACAUUCCUCAAACACUGUAUUGAAUGUAUAGCUCGUGUUGCUGAUCUUGCUCCAUUGGAUGUUUUUACUGCUGUGAUGGAGCGCUGGCAGUGUCUAGCUGGGGUUCAUGCUCGGUCCUCAGUAGGGGUGCGAGUAUCGGCCCCGGCUGAGGCGGACCGUCUUUUGGCAGCCCUACUAGACCUCGCUACGCUCACACGUCUCUUGGGACGACUCGCACCAGCCUUACUAGCUGAGUCGGAUGGUUCGAGCGCUGGUUGUGUCGCCGGUGCUGCUCUGGUGGAGAAAUGUGCAAGUUCCCUGUCCGGGGCGGCCCUCACGCGUCCCCACCGCACACACGCUCCGCCGCUCGCCUCCGCCCACAUUGCUCUUCAGGCGGAGAUGUUCGCGUGUAUGGGCGCUUGGUGCUGCUACGCCAGUGAGUGCGGUGUGCCGCUAAGGACUAUGGACUCGCUGCUCGCUGCCGCCCUGCCGUUCUUGGUGCCUCACGAACAACCGGAGCCCCCACUACUAUGUCACGCGGCUGCCCACCUCCUUCUCAGUUUGUCAAAGAACGUCAAAUUCACAACUGACCCUAUCAUGAUGUUGGGUGAUCUCUACGGCCACGCUCAGCGCUCACUGCACUACUUAGAACCAAAGACUGGUAGCGUUGUCCGCGAGGCCCUGGUGUGUUUGUCCCUAUGUCGUCCGGAGGCUGCCCGCGGGCUGCUGGGUGCGUGGGGCUCGCUGCCCGGCGGACCGUCCACCGUGCUGCCUCCCCUCACAGAACUGCUACACGCCUUCGCCGGAGCCAGCACUCACUCUAAGAAGAUUAUAGCGGAGGGUGUAUCUAACGCCGCUGAGAGCGCACUGCGCAUGCUGUGCGACCCGGUGUACGCGACCUCUGAGUCGGAGAUCACGGAUUUCUUCCUGGCGCUGUUCACAGCUCUGCUUCCGCAGCUGGGAAGCUUCGCAUAUACCGCCAUAGACGUGUUCCUCGAAGUCGCUCAGAGGGAGACGGGCGACAGUUCGGGCAGUCUAGAGCGACUGGUGGAGUGUGUUCGCCUGGGAGUGGAGGCGGGGGGCGGCGGCGUGCGAGUCACAGCUGUGCUGGAGCUGCUGCAGAUACAUGUACUGCCGCGAGCUACGCAUCACUCACCAGCACUGGCCAGAGCAGCACACAGACUACUAGCCAGUGUGUUGGUUCAUCGUUGGCGCUACUUCUUCCCCGCGGGUCCCGGGUCGGGGGUCGGGGUCGAGGGGGCCGAGGGGGCGCGUCGCUCGGAUGAGCUGCGAGGCGCUCUCACCGCGCUAGGAGGGGCGCUCCUGUCACAAGACAUAGACUUACUAAGAAUAGCACUGAACACACUGGACGUGUUAAACACGAAGUGGAAGUUGUACCAUAAGGCGUUAUUCCGUAGUGAGUUUAUGGGGGAAUUUCUAUCUGUGCUGGUUUCCGGUCUGUCGGAGGGCGGAGCUCGCGCUCUGUUACGUGAUGAGGCGGUGUCGGCGGCUCAUGCCAUGGCCGUGGUCGACUUCAACGCCUUCCGACACGCCUUCCUUCCUCACUUCCUGCGCUCUAUGCCAGGAUUGGACCAGCAGCACGCGCAGUUGCUAGCAGACUUUCCGCCGGAUACGGAUCUACCAACAUUCACACAAAAUAUUUUGAAACUAAUGAAUGACGUUAACUGCUACAGAGCAUAUCAGUCACUUGGGUGUAAUGAAAUGGGGCCAUAGACAACAAAAAUACAUUCUGUGGCUGCCUAUAAUACUUUAUGGUUCUAUAUACAUUCAUGACAUUGGCUGUAUGUAUGAAGUUCAUUAUACGCCCAUUUCCAUACUUUGGGUUAUAUUGACUGGCUGUAUGGAAGACAAUAAGAAUGUAUUGUUCUUUAUCAUAAGAGUCAUAUAUUUUAAAUUAAGAAUAUUACUUUUGUUAUAGAACGGUGCAUUUCAUGAUCGCUAUAAUUAACUCAGGCAUCACAUAGACUUCUAAGCGCUAUAAUUUGACUUUUGGGAAAAUUUUUUUUUUGUUACAUAAAUGUUACUAGUCAAAUUAUUAUUUAAGUGUAUUAUAAGAAAUGCCAUGCAUAUAUUUGGAGGAAUUAAGGUGUUUGGAACUAUACGUUUUGUAUGUCCUAAUUAUAUUUGAGGGUAGAUUAACCUUCUGAUUAAAUAUACACCUUAUGUAUAUGGGACCAAGUUUUAAAAUUGCAAUGUAUUUUCAACAUAAAUGCAUUUAAUUCUUUUUCAACAUCAAUAUAAUUUUUUCUUUAAGUUCGUUCCCAAACACUUGAUAUAGUGUUCAUAGUAAUGCUGAAAUAUACAUUUAAAAAUAUAUCAUUUUAUUGUAAUUCAGUAAUAAAAUACACAAGAAGAAAAUAUCUGUGUCAUUAUAUUUUAUGUUUCCUGUAUGCAUUUUAAUAUUAUACUAAGUGGCUUGUAAUUUUAUAUGCAGGGUAAGUUUGUUAUUGAUAGAUCUGAUAUUUUUAGGACGUAAUAUUUGACAAGCGUUAAAUAAUAAAUUACAAAAUAAACAAGUGGUAUAUUACCAGUGUAUGUAUUCUAUGGUCAAUGACUUAGACUUGUUAAUCUAGAAAGGUUAUGUAAUUUGAAUGUCUUUAUUAUAUAUAUAUAUAUAUAUAUAUAUAUGUUGUCAUCUUUUGUCAAUAUGCAAUUUGUUUUCCUGGUAUGAAGGCUUACGUAGUUUUAUAACUAUAUGAUCCUUCUCUGAUAUUUUCUUGAUAAAAAAUUAUGUCUGUAGUCUAGUUAAUUGACAAUUUUAACAAAGAUAGAAUCAGUUGUAUUAUGGCACCGGAACAAAAAAAUUGUUUCUCAUUUAGUUUUAAAUUGUAAUAAUAUAUUAUGUAAUCUGUACAAGUGAGAACUCGUUGAACCAUGAUUCUCCAUAAUGGAGGUUUCUUAACCUGAUUUUUUGCUUAUAGAGCUACGGAAAAUACCGUUUUCAUUACAGCAAUAAAAACGAGCAUGUCUGUUUUAUAGAAAUAGUUUCUUAUUAAAUUUAGAUUAUUAGGUAUACGUAUAUGGAAAUUCCCUGUUUUCCUCUGUUUUUACUUUUU